CGAGCGCGGCGCGGCCCGGCGGCCGCUGCCUAUGGAGCCUCCCGCCCUCGCCGCCGUCCUGGCCUUCUCCGGGCUGGCGCUGAGCUGCUGCCGAGAGCCCGUCCUGUCCGAAUGCUACACAGCCAACGGGGCUGACUACCGUGGCACUCAGAACCAGACCUCCCAGUAUGCAGGGAAACCUUGUCUUUAUUGGAAUGAGACCUUUGAGCAUCCUUACAAUACUGUGAAAUAUCCCAAUGGGGAGGGAGGGCUUGGAGAGCACAACUACUGCAGAAACCCUGAUGGGGAUGUCAGCCCAUGGUGCUAUAUUGCAGAACAUGAAGAUGGAAUAUACUGGAAGUACUGUGAGAUCCCAUCCUGCCGAAUGCCAGGGAAUCUGGGCUGUUACAAGGACCAUGGGGAGCCACCACCCCUGACUGGCACCAGCGAGACCUCCAACAAGCUCACCAUCCAGACGUGCAUCAGCUCCUGCCGCAGCCAGCAGUUCAAGUUUGCAGGCAUGGAAUCAGGUUAUGCUUGCUUCUGUGGAAAUAAUCCUGACUACUGGAGAUACGGGGAGGCAGCCAGCACGGAAUGCAACAGUGUUUGCUUUGGAGACCACACUCAGCCCUGCGGUGGGGAUGGCAGAGUCAUUCUCUUUGACACCCUUAUUGGUGCCUGUGGAGGGAAUUACACUUCUGCUACAGCUGUGAUCUAUUCCCCAGAUUUUCCUGACACAUAUGGCACAGGCAAAGUCUGUUAUUGGACCAUACAAGUUCCAGGAGCAUCCCAAAUCCACUUCACCUUUGUCCUUUUUGAAAUCAAAGAUGCUACAGAUAUGGUGGAAUUGCUGGAUGGUUACACCUACCACGUUCUGGCUCGUUUCAAUGGCAAGAACAAGCCUCCUCACACCUUUAACAUCUCUUUGGAUUUUGUCAUUCUGUACUUUUUCUCAGAUGACAUCAAUCAAGCCCAGGGAUUUGCUAUCAGGUAUAGAGCUGUGAAGGACAAUGUGCACCAAAACAAGAUCCCAGUGAAUCACACCCUUCCAGAGAGGACAAAUGAGCAAGCAAAUCUCAGCAUCAAUGCAGCCCGGUCAUCAAAGAUACUCUAUGUCAUCACAACCAGCCCAAGCCAUCCAACCAGCUCCAUGCCUGAAUGGACAAUAUACAGCCUCACAGCACUGCUCAUCCUAAGUGCUACAGCCAUAAUUGCAAAGAUACUUCUGCAUGUUACCAUGAGGUCCCACCAGAUUCCAGCUGCAGCUGAGACAGAGGAUUGCAGUGAUGUCACUACUGCUGGUGAGAUCUGGAGCAUAUUUUACCAACCAUCCACAUCAAUUUCCAUCUUCAAGAAAAAGCUUCGAAAUCAGCAAGAUGAUUGCAACCCACUGGUGGGAGACUGAGCUGACUUAUCUUGCAAGAAUUGAUUUCCUUAAAAUCCAGGUGACUUGAGAUUAAUCUUCCUUUUUUUCCUCCCAACCUCAUACCUGUUUUCCAAAAAGUCCAUUUCCAAAGGCCUUUGAGUGACUUUGCCUCUCUGCUGUUCUCUUGGAUCUAGCAGUGACAACAGAUUUAAUUGCAGCAAUAAUUCUGAAAUACCUGGUGCUCCUCAAGUCUGUAGUGCUGUUAAUUACUGCCUUUAAAACAUUGCACUUAAAGUAGAUGUAAAAACUUGUAAAAUUCAACAUGUCCUGUACCCCUGCCCAAGGUAACUGAAGGGGUUUUUACAGGUUGAGGAUUUCUUGUGUCCCCCUUGCCUGUGCCACUGUAUUAGAUCAGGCUAUUGAGUCCUCUUAUUCUCAAGCUGAAGACAGAGGUGGGUACUGCUAACCUGUUCAGCAAACAGAGCUUAUUUGCCUUGAUGUAAACACAUCUCAAUGGUAUUGUACAGGAGAAUGGGAAUCAAAGACUGGAAAAAUGAUCAGCCUGGUUGCUCAGUGCUGUGCUCUUUCUGCAUGUUCUGUUUCUGUGUCUGCAAGCAGAGAUGCAGACAUAAAAAAAUCAAAUUCAGGAUGCCUCUAUAACAAGAUUCAGCUACAAAUAUUCAUUUUGGUUGACUAGAGCUCACCAGGUCAAGGCCUGCAGGAGCAUUGAAGCCUUUUAAAUGACUCUGUCUGACCCAUCAUUCACUGAUGUUUAUGAUAAUUUUGUUCAUAUUCACAGUGAUCCUUUAAAAAAUUAAUUAUACUCCAGCCUGAGAGCCAGGAUUCAUCCUGGAUAUAAGCUUAGGGCUUCUUAAAGGAUUGUCCAAAGAUAAUCCACUGAAUUUUUAUCAGUGAGGCUGACUAACCAAUUUUUGCUCUGAAGUCACAUGCAUUGAUCUCAGCAGCCCAAACAUUUUACAAAGUUGUAGACUCAGAUGACCAGCUCCCCUGGGCCAGGCUGUGCAGCUGAGCAUGCACAGAACAGCUGCCUGGACACUCACCUGGGAGGAGAAGUGUCUCCUUGCCUGCAGCACUAAAACUGAGCUGAAUUUUUAAGGUAAUUGCCUUACUUGUCAAAGAACUGAAACAUCAGUGGGGUUCUGAUCUGUGAACUAUUUUCUUUGAUUGCAACAGACAGCAUUAACUGUUUCUGCUCUUCGGUGGACUGGCUGUCCAUCCACAACACUCAGAUUUCUCAUCCCACCACCACAAGUGGGAAACAAGUGAUUCCAAGGGAUCAGCAGUGAAUCUUUCAGCCUCAUCAAGUUCAGACCAGCAAGAUAUUUAGGAAAAACUGUCAAUGCAAAUGUCAGAUAAAUUGACUAGAAAAGUUUACAGUGGGCAGCUCCUUAAACUCAGAGAAGGUUCACUGAGAACCAUUAAACUACACCAAUUCUGGUUAAGUUUGAAUGUAUACAAACAGUCUGCAUAUACCAGAUGUGCAGUCAGAGAACAUCUAUUAAGUGCACUUACAAAAGGUAAUUAAGAAUAGUAAAAAAAUUGUCACCGAGUUUAAAUUCAUUCCAGAAUCUGUCCUUAUGUUUUUUUUAACAUAUAACUCCCUCCUUUUUGUGAGAACUACAGAUUUCACUGAAAAAUCAGGGCAUCAAACAAUUAAGCAGAUUUCACUUAAGCACAAGUGAAAUCUUGUGCCUUACCACUGCAGAUCUGGUCUUUCACCUGAACUGAAUUCAAUCCAGCUUGAUUUAUGCACCACAGAUGAGUGCUAGAGACAGCUGAACAACAUCACAAUGCAUGCUUAAAAGAAGCCAGACUUUACUAAGCCAGCAAUUAUGGAAUUGUUUAUAUAAAAAAUGGAACAGCAUGGGAACAUCUAGUACUUUCUUGCAUGAGCUGCUGGAAAGAAUACAGGAAAAUAUAAUUACAGUAUUAGCUAAAAUGAAGACAGGACAAGUUGUAAAAGCUGUGCUGGUUCUCUCUGACGUGUCACCACGCUGGACCAAAAACCAUUGUCUGUUUCAGACCCAACACAAGUUCUGAAAUUGCCUUUUUUAAAGGUAAGGUUUUGCAUCAUGCUGUGUGGAAAAGAGUUCACCUCAGAGAUUCAGAGCAAAACAAAGCAGGUUGGUUCCUAAGCAUCCUUAAUUUGGAGCACUAACAGGAAACCAGGCAGGGAGAAUCACAGUGUGCUGCCAGAUCCUCAGGAGCUGUUACAGGCACACAGUGCUUAUCACAAAGUGAUGAAGCUUUGCUUGCCUUAUCAAAGGCAAGUUAAACAUUUUGUCAGAGAGACUUUAAUAAAGCAGUUACCUAAUGGUGAUAAACUGAAAAAACAUCAGGAACACCCAGUGACUGAUGUACACCUACUGCAGAAAGAAAAAAUACAGAAUGCUACACUUCUCUUCAUUAGUGAAGAAUUUAAUUUCACUAUAAUAUUAGAGAAAAUAUUACAAAUAGCAACAAAGACUGACACUACUAAUGCAAAAUCUACAGAAUUUAAGAAAUGAGAUUUUUGCAUUGCUCCCUUAGCUCCUCAAAUAUUUUUUAAAUAAAAUUGUAUUUCAUGGGACUUUCAUGGGGAGCAUUAAUCAAAUUUAUGUACUAAGUCCCAUAAAACCAGCACUUACAGCAGAUUAACUGGUCAUGGCAACAAUAAACAGGACUAGCAUUAGACAGUGCAUGGGUAAUUCACUGAUAAAAACAAAGAAGAAAUUAUGUUCCCCCACACAGAAUUUUUCAGAUUGGCUGAUUCUAGAUCCUGCUAGUGCUAGCAAACAGAGCAAUGGAUGGAAAUUCAUGGACAGGGUCCCUUAAAUAGCACUUAUUACUUUCCAGGGCUGAGGCCAUGAAGAGCAGGUAGAUCUCCAGUGUGGAUUUUUCCAAAUGGGGUAGGGUCACUCACACUGCUAGUGCAGACACUUCAGGGUGUGGUGAUUUAUGGCCAAGAGAUGUGGUAGCCAUGAACACAGCAGGUUCUGAUCUUUGCUGUAAGGGUUUGGGGAAGAAAGAAGCAAAAAGUGUGACCAUGCACAAGUGUUGUAAUCCCACAAAGGAAAUGCCCCUGCUGCACAGGCAGCUGAGAGCUGACACCUCAGCAGGGUGGUGUCUGCCCCACGUUCUCCAGCAAACUGAGAAUACUGCAGAAGAAUUUGUUUGGAAUUGCAUUGAACAGCCUAGCAGUCCCCUCAGGAGGCUGGGCAGGCUGCAAAGGUGACACUGGUACAAUGUCAGAAGCAAUGUCAAAAUCCCAAUGAGGAGCUGCCUCCUCCUCCACAGGGAUUUCAGCUCCUGCUCUGGCCCACUGCUCACUCUCGUGUUGGUGUGACCAGCUGUGUAGCGGUGCAAUAAACUGAUCAGGUCAAAAACUGCCAUGGCUUUUUCUUCCCUGAGCUCCUUUUCUCAGAGCUGAGCUCUCUGCCCUUGCCCCUGGCUGGUGGCACAGGGAGAUGAGCUCAGAGCCCCCCGAGUGCACACUGGGCAGACAAUGAGCCAUGGGGCAAGGGCAGAUGUGUGCCCCAGGGACAAUGAGCACUUCUGCUGGAGCUCCACAGCCACGGGUGAACCUGCUGCCUUCACCCUGCACCCAGCUACAGCUCCCUCCCCUGUGUGUGCACCUCAGGUGGAAAGCAGCCAGCUAGACAAGUGCCUUCUCCUUCAAAAUCUGCAUUUUAAACUAGUUUAGUUUAUUGACUACAUGAUUUUAUAUGUAUUUUUAUCUUAAUAUUGUUAUGUUGUGGGAAAAUAGAGACUUUGUUAUGUAAAAAUGUGUGAUGUGUUAUCAUAGUAAUAUAUAUAUUUGUAUAUGUAUAGGAAAUGCAUUAUUUAAUACAGCAUAUUAUGCUUCUAUCUUGCUAACAUUUUAUAGGAAGAAAAGAUGUUAGUUUACACUCUGGGAAAAAUAAAUUUUCUAUACACUGUAACCAUAGGGAAAAAAUCAAAACUACUUCUUUGGUGUAUAUGAUAGAAAGACAUUGAGAAUAGGGGAACUCAGCCUCAGUUUUGUGACAGAAUAGAUGCUGAUAAAACAAUUGCUGUAAGAAACAUUUUCCUCCUUUGAAUCUCACUUCUAGCCUGUAAUUGUAUUAGGCUGUUCAUAAGAUUCUGCAAAUUCAUGUGCAUACACUCUCUGGAUGAUUUUUACCAUCAAACACGUAAUCUGCUUUUGCAAUCAAGCAUCAACAUAAUCUUUAGGACUUGUUUCUGCCAGAUUUUCUACAGCCAGGAUAAUGCUGAGGAAGUUUAUCACAUUGCUCAUGUAGAAAUCCAGUGAGAUUGCAGAAUUAAAGUCUGUGUAUUCCAAUCUCCCAGCAAUAAUAUAAAUAGGAGAUUUUUAUGGAUAGUCCUGGAAACUGCACUGAAUCUGCAGCCUGGAUGACUACAGGUCAAACACAUCAGCAGACACAUGGCUGCCACUGAAUGAGCAUAAAUAGCCAUUCCACUUUCAUCUUCUGCUUAAUAAGCCCUCUCAGGCAGUGGGAAGGAACAGAGUUUUCUAGUGCACCACUUUGCCUAAAGGAAGGGUGAACUACAAAAACAACUCCUGACAAAAACUCGUCCAACUGGUUCUUACUGCCCUGCAGCAGUAUUUCACAAUCUUCAAUAAAAUACAGUUCACUGAUAGUUUCACCCGAAUAUUGUUCUGGACACUAAUGAACAAUUCUGCUACCUUGAGAGUGAAAAAUACAAUUGCCUUCAGACCAUACAAUUUUUUUUUAACAACACAUCCCCACAGGACACACAUUUCACGCCACUCAGACUUUCCCAGAUUUACUGAGCACCUGUGCUUUGGGAUGAAAUCUGGCAUCAUGAACUUCAGACUAAAGACAUUUUGCUCCAAAUCCAAAAGCUAUCACAUGAACCACAUAAGGCUGUCAAGAAACCAGAAUAAAUCAAAUUUGAGGUGACUUGCUGCUGAAGUAUGCACUGUGUUUGUAACUGUUCACCCUGCAUUCAGCAAAUGGUUGUAAAUAAUAAUUAUGAAAAAAUAAAUACAGUGUAUUUGUGCA